AUGCUACAAGAUACAGUUUUCAUAAAUAAUUUGGCUUCCAUAGCAAUUACUGGUAAAGAUGCCUGGAAUAGACCAACACCGCAACCGAUUACAAUAUCUGUAUCAUUGAAUACUGAUUUUCACCAGGCUUCCGUUACUGACAACCUUAAGUAUUCAUUAAAUUACGCAGUCAUAUCAAGGAAUAUUGCCGAAUAUAUGAAAGCAAAUGAACAUAGGAAUUUCAAAUCCUUAGGAAGCAUUGCUGAGUCGGUUGGAGAAAUUGUACUAGAUGAUAAAAAGGGAGGAGGACAUCAAGCUGUUGUUUCCAUUAAGAGUAAUAAAUCAGAGAUACGGACUGAUAGUAUUGAGUACAAAAUAUGUAGAUCAAGAAUUGAAGACAUUGAAUCACCCGAUGAGAUCAAUGUUUAUGGAUUAAAGUUAUUAACCGUCAUUGGUGUUUUUACAUUUGAAAGGUUACAGAAACAGAUUGUAGAUAUUAACAUUUCGAUAAAAUUGGAAAGAAAUGCUAACAUAUCAAUCCAUAAGAUUAUCGAUGAACUAACUCUUUACGUUGAAUCUUCUAAUUUCAAGACGGUAGAAGCUUUGGUUAUGAAGAUUGGUCAAUUAGUGAUGCAAAAUCAUGGUGAUGGAAUUCAAAAUGUUUCUGCCACUGUUACAAAGCCUAAUGCAAUUACUUUCACUGAUGGUGUAGGAGUUUCGUCGAACAUGUCCAAAGCUUCAUUUAAAGAUGUUGAUCCAAUUACCGAUAUUGGAAUUAAUGUUAAUUCGGUACCUAAUUUUAAUUUACCAAUAUCUGUUGAGGACUCUACAUUUAACAAGUAUGAGGAACAUAUUGCUUAUAUUGCAAUUGGAUCUAAUCAGGAAAACCAACUUUCAAACAUUAACAAUGCAUUGCAGUUAUUGUCAUCUUACGAUAUUAAAUUAUUAGCCACUUCAUCAUUGUAUAUUUCAAAGCCAAUGUAUUUUAAAGAUCAACCAGAUUUUUAUAAUGGUGCAAUUAAAGUUUCAUUCAAGGAUAAGACACCACAUGAAUUACUCAAGGCAUUAAAACAAAUUGAAUACGAUCAUGUAAAAAGAGUCAAAGAAUUUGAAAAUGGUCCAAGGACUAUAGAUCUUGACAUUCUAUUAAUCGAUGAUAUUAUAUUGAACACUGAUGAUUUAAUAGUUCCACAUAAAUCUAUGUUGGAAAGAACCUUUGUCUUGCAACCGUUAUGUGAAUUAUUUGGUCCGGAUGUAUUACAUCCUCUUAGUGCUGAACCACUUCAUAACCACUCACGACAAUUAUUCACCAGUGAGACAAACGAACUGAUUCAAGAGUCGUCUAAUUUGUUACAAAUUGUACCAAUUCCGAGAUUGCCUGAUGCAAGUAAUCCUUUGAAGUUUGAUCAUGUUGAAAAUAAACGUAAGACACUAAUUAUGGGCAUUCUCAACAUGACCCCUGAUUCAUUUAGUGAUGGGGGAAAGAACUACCAUAAAUCUAUCAACGAGAUCCUUGAGAACGCGAACCAAUUAAUAGAACAAGGUGCUGAUAUCUUGGAUAUCGGUGGUGUUUCUACCAGACCCGGAAGUGUCGAGCCUUCCGUGCAAGAAGAGCUUGAUCGAUUGCUACCUGUGGUCAGAGCCAUCAGAGAGUCUUCGAAUAAUGCAUUAUCACAAUGUGUGAUAUCAAUUGAUACAUAUAGAGCCAAAAUCGCCGAAGAGUGCUUAUUGGCUGGUGCUGACGUUAUCAAUGAUAUUUCUAUGGGUCUUUAUGAUGAUUGUAUGUUCGAUGUGGUUGCAAAAUAUGGAUGUCCAUACAUCAUGAAUCAUACGAGGGGUACCCCACAAACCAUGUCAAAGCUAACAACCUACGAAUCAAAUACAAAUGAAGAUAUAAUCGAGUACUUGACUGAUCCUGUCACAGGACAUCACAUUUCCCUUCCAAAGCCCGAUGUGGAGAACUUAAUCAACGGUGUUUCUAGAGAACUUGGUUUACAAAUUUUCAAAGCAUUCAGCAAGGGUGUUAAGAAAUGGCAAGUGGUAUUGGAUCCUGGUAUCGGUUUCGCUAAAAACGUAUCCCAAAAUAUCAGCGUUAUCAAGCAUGCCUCUGCAUUCAAAAAUUAUUCCAUGUUAUUGAAUAAAAGAGAUGAUGACAAUCAUAUUAAUCAUUCCUACGUUAGUUUUAAUGGUUUAUGUACUCUUUUAGGUCCUUCUAGAAAGAAGUUUUUAGGUACUAUAUGCAACGAGCCAGUCGCAUCUGAAAGAGUUAUAAGUACUGCAGCAUCGGUCAUGGCCUGUAUUCAACAGAAUACUGACAUAAUUAGAGUUCACGAUGUUUCUGAAAUGAAGAAGACAUGUUUAACAGGUGAUGCUAUAUAUAAAGGAAUAUAUUAA